AUGGAGAUGGAUCCGAAAGAAAUGGAACUAGAGACUAAAUUGACGCAGCUGAACUUAGCGGUACAAAGGUCAGAAAAAAUCUUGGCAACAGGUAAGCGUGAAACUAUUAAACGGCACCUCGAAACGCUACAAUCAGUGAACAGUUCAUCUAACCAAUGCAAACGCUUGGUUGAAGAACAGAAAAUUGCGAGCAAAACAAACAUGGAUGAAAUCGCUAAUUGGAAUGACAAUAUUGAGUCGAAAUUUGAAGAAGCUGAUUUUCAAAUUGCACGUUUUAGUGAUUGGCUGGCGGAAAAUGAACGCCAAACUAAGGCUGUAGCCCAAGAGGAGCUGUUUAAGAAUGAAUUAAAAUUGCAUGAAGAAAAAUUACGCAUGCAAUCCGAGCUUGUGAACAGCGCCAAAUCAAAACCGGAAACACAGGAAUUUUCUAGUCCAAGCGCAAAAUUGCCUAAACUGGUAAUCUUAAAGUUUGAAGGCUCGUAUAUGGACUGGCCCCGGUUCUGGGGGCAAGUCAAAAUAUGUGUGGAAUCCCUUCCCUUUUCCCCCGAGGGCUAAAACAGAGCCAAAGCAAUCCUUCAAGAUAAAUAUGGGAAGGAAUCUGAGAUAGUGAAAUGUUAUGUAAAGGAAAUUCUCGAUUUACCCCAAAUUCCGAAUAGUAACGCCCGAAGAAUUGCUGAAUUCAGCGAGAAAUUAACGUAUUGCGUGAGAGCACUAGAGACUCUCAAAAAACUUGACCAAAUCAACGGAAAUGUUUCGAUGACAUUAGACAAAUUGGCAGGGAUUAGGGGUGAUUUAGUUCGAACUGAUCCUGAAUGGGAGUCGUGGGAUUUUAGUAAACUGGCCGAGGCAUUGCGCCAGUGGGUAAAGCGCAACCCAGUAACUACCGGUAGUGAUUUGCGACACGAUGAAAAUCGAAGGAAAUUGUUUCAUGCAAAACGAGACGAACAAAAACUUUCGGGUUGUGUUUAUUGCGAAGAUCUUAACCAUAAGGCUGUAAGAUGUCAGAAAGUUGUAAAUCCGAAUGAGCGCAAACAAAUUUUGGCGAAAAAAGGGUUGUGCUUUAACUGCGCCACAAAAUUUCAUCGCGCCUCCGAUUGCAAUAGUAAGACCUCCUGCGGGCACUGCAAUAGACGUCAUCAUACAUCAAUUUGCGAACAGUACAAUAAUAAACGUGAUGACAGAUCUGUUCAAGAUGAAGCCAGAGAUAAAAACCCCUCCGGUGGUAAAAAGGUGAUGACUGAUGGAGCAUGUGCUGAGGGAAUAUUUCCAGUUGUACUUGUCAAAGUUAAUGGGGUAAUGUGUCGAGCGCUCAUUGACUCCGGCGCCGGGAGUUCAUACGCGUCUGCGAAACUUAUAAACGCAUUAGAAGCAAAACCCAGUGAGAUAAAAAGCCAACGCAUAGACAUGUUGAUGACGUCGCAGAUGAAGAAAAUUGAAAUUUAUGACGUGACAAUUAGUUCGUUAGACGGUAUGCAUGAAAUUAAAGCGAAAUUAAAUAAAGUAGAUAGAAGCGAACUUUUAACGACAAGCAAUCCAAAUUAUGAAAAAAUAGUAAGAGAAUAUAAACACUUAAACUCAGUCAAGAUGGACGAAUGUGACACGAAGAGCGACCUUCCCAUACAUCUUGUGCUAGGGAUUGGAGAGUAUGCGCGAAUCAGAACAAGAACCAAGCCUCUCGUGGGGAAGGAAGGGGAGCCAAUAGCGAACAAACGAAGUUUGGAUGGGUCAUAAUGAGUCCUGGGGUCGAAUUUGGCCAAAGUACCAUGCUACUAACCACGACCUCGCAAGCUGACGUCGAGCGGGUGUGUCGAUUAGAUGUUCUCGGGCUUGAAAAUACCUCUGAGAAAGACCCUCGACCGGUCUAUGACGAGUUUAAAGAAACCCUUACUCGCAAUGAAGAGGGCUGGUACGAAACCAGCCUGCCGCGGAAAUCGAACCAUCCAAAGCUCCCAUCGAACGAGCAAGGCAGACAACGAAGACUAAAGAAUUUAGUGAAGCGUCUCGAGCGUAAGGAAAUCUACGAAGAGAUUAAGAAAGGCCUGUACGUCGACGAUGUUAUGACGGGGGAUGAGAGCGUUAAAGAAGUUACAGAGAAUGAGCGAAUUAAAUGGCACCAUGUUCCAACAAACGAGAAUCCUGCCGACCUGGGAAGUCGCGGAGGAAAUGUUACCAAUAACGUAUUAUGGCAACAUGGACCCGAAUGGCUGAGCGACCAAGCAAGAUGGCCACCGGAAGUGGUCCCCGUGGUGACCUCGGAAGCCAAAGAAGAAGAAAAGGCUUCAGUCCGAGUGAUGGUUGCAGUAAAUCAACCAGUAGCAGAGAGUGUAUUCGACAAGCUCCUUGGAAAGUAUCCAUUGCGAAAAACCCUACGAAUUUGUGCUUGGGUGAAUAGAUUCGUUCGAAACUGCAGGAACGAGAGCAACAAACGUGAAUCAGGGCCGAUUAAGAGCCACGAAAUCGAAGAGCGUACGCUAUGGUGGAUCAAGCGUGUGCAAGAGGAGACCAAAGAUAACCCCGAACUUUCCAGUGCAAAAGUUGAGCUGAAUCUUCAACCUAACCAAAGUGGAAUCCUGGAGUGUCGAGGGCGGAUUGAAGGCGACUAUCCAGUAUAUUUACUUACGAACACGGUCUUCACGAAGAAAGUUGUAGAGCAAGCCCAUAUCAUUACACUCCAUGGCGGAGUACCGGCGACGAUGGCAGAAGUACGAGAACGUUAUUGGGUGCCUAGACUACGCCGUCUUGUGAAACAGAUACGAAGCAACUGUCAUGGUUGUGCUAGAUUCCGGGCACAAUCGUAUCAUAGACCACCCCCGGGCAGAUUACCACCAACACGAACCCAAGGGACAACUCCUUUCCAAGUAUUAGGAGUCGAUUUUGCGGGCCCUAUUCGUUACAAAACUAAAGCGAAAGCCGAAAAGAAAUCGUAUCUAGUUCUCUACGCGUGUAGUUUGACAAGAGCGGUGCACCUCGAAUUAUUAAAGUCGUUGGAAGUAGUCGAAUUCCUGCCGAGUUUAAAGAGAUUAAUUGCAAGAAGGGGGAGGCCACAAGUGAUAUAUUCUGACAACGCGACAACCUUUAAAGCCGCGGAGAAAUGGUUGCAACAAGCUCAGAAAGACGAGAGAUUCAACGCACUUCUUACGGACAAAGGAAUCCGGUGGAGAUUUAAUUUGAGUCGGGCCCCAUGGUGGGGAGGACAAUUUGAACGAUUGAUAGGCCUCUUUAAGCGGAGUUUUUACAAGAGUAUUGGAAACGGAAACUUAACCUGGGAAGAAUUGAUGGAUGUUAUUCUGGACAUCGAAGUAGCGCUGAACAAUCGACCGUUAAGCUAUUUAGAAGAUGAUGUGGAACAACCUGUGCUCACCCCAACCAAACUGUUACAAAUUAACCCGAAUGUUAUCCCCGAAGUUCAGCCCCACCAUCUUGAUGACGUUGACCUUCGUAAAAGAGCUAAGUUUCUUCGAAAGUGCAAAGAGUUAAUGUGGAGACGUUGGUCACGAGAAUAUGUGCGAGGCUUAAGAGAACGACAUCGACAGGAAAAGGGCGAACAAGGGACACAUCCCAACCGUGGGGAUGCGGUUAUUAUCGGAAGCGAAGAAAAGAAUCGAAAUUUGUGGAAGUUAGGUAUAGUCGGAGGGUUAAUUCGAGGACGUGAUGGCGUUGUACGGGGAGCGAAGGUAAAAACAGCGAAUGGACAACUCGAACGAGCGGUACAACACCUUUACCCACUCGAGCUCUCUUGCGACAGAGAACCACCCGUAAGUUUGAACCCGACCGCCCCUACCUUCAACCCUAGACCAAGACGUGACGCGGCAGCUGCAGCAACCGUCCGUAUACAACAAGAAGCAGAAGAAGAAGAUUGGUGA